AUGGCUAGGAACCAGAAAGAGCUGAACGGGUGGCAGAUACUAGUUCUGGAUGAAAAAGAUGAGUUGAUUGACUAUUUUGAGCAGAAGAGACCGAGACGUCGCAGAGGCGCUGUUGAGAGACUUGGAAAAGACCAGAUAUUUCUGAAGCAAGGCGACGAAGGUAUGCUUCUAUCUGUUGGUGAUACGAUUGUGGUUAAGGAAGACAUCAAGAGCAAUGGUAUUUAUCUUAUACAAGAUCUUCGAUUGAAUACGCCAGGAAACCUUAUAGAGAUAUGGGCAUUUGUGCUGCUUGGCCGUGAUGAGAUAGACGCUAGGUCUUAUUUACAAGAGAUACUCCCAGAAUUUGUCAAGGAUAAUGGUGACGAAGAUAGUAUAACAGAAAAAUAUAAGAACUUAGUUCAUGACAAGGAGUUAUUCUUCACUGCGACACUUAUUGAAAUCAAAUUAGAGCAGAUCAUCGAUAAAGCGAAAGUAUUAAAUCAGACGGAAUGGAAUUUAUUGUCUACAACAGACAAGGGUUACGAGACUACUUAUUUCUUGCGCUAUGCAUGCGAACCUUCGUCUUCCAAUUUUGUAGCUAUAGAUAUUGACAAAGAGUCUAAGAAUAUUCACGAGUGGAUGCCAAAGAAAAGCUUAGAAUACUACAAGCGGCUUACCGAACCAUUAGAAGUAAGAAACAAAAAGAGCCCUCAAAAGAGAGAAGUAGUUAAUCUAUCGGAAAGUAAUGGUAUUGACACCGUUGAAGAAAAAUCGAUAAAAAUGUCUGGUAAUGUUGUUGAUAACUCUGACAAUAAGCCACAGAGUCCCAUAAAAAGAAGGCCCGGAAGACCCAGGAAAAAUGAGGUCAAUCAGAAACAACCAGAAAAAAUUGUAGAGACGUCUACUGCCAAUGUGCAAAAUCAUGACACCAAGGUGGACAAUAUUGAUAUAGUGUCAUCUACCAUACCUCAGAAGAGGAAAAGAGGGAGGCCGAAGAAAUCGACAACUUUGAUUAUUAAUUCAAAUGUGGUAGAAAGUACAGCUCCAACCAAGAGGUCAACGAGAACAAAAAAAGCGCGCAAAAUAUACACGGAGGAUAGUUUUGAUGAAGAUCCAUUGGACAGCGACGAUAACUCAGGGACUGAUUAUUUUACAGAUGCAGAUGAUGGCGAGUAUAAAGAAGAAGAGAAGAUAUCUGAAAAAAUAGAGCAAGAUGAAGAGGAGUUGGAAGUUGAAGAAGACGAAGCUCAAAUCUCUGAUGAAGCCGAGCUUUUGGAAGAUGACUAUCUUUCUGAUAAUGACACAGCUAAGAUAGCUCUUAAUAAAUUAAAAAAGACCGAAAAUAGACCAUCUAAGAUGGUGCAAAAGUCAUACCAGCUUGAAGAUUCUUCCAGAAGAAAGGCUCAGAGCAAAGGCUAUUCAAGUCAACCAUAUACCACUGGCUCAAUUAGGAAAUUUACAAAAAAAAAUGUUGUCAGAGCCAAGAAAGGGUAUACUCCUUUUUCCAAACGUUAUAAGUCUAUUGAUGAUAUUCCAGAUUUAAUGAAAAUGGCUGACUUUAACCAAGAAUCAACAUUGAACUACUUUGCUAAACUUGGAAAUCGCCUAAGUACAGGAAACGAUAGUCUUGAGGUAGAAACCAUAUUUUCAAAAAUCAAAAAGCAAUUAACAUCGUCACAAAAUAAGGACGCAAUUGUGAAAUCUGGUAAUAUAUCAGAUCAUCUUCCAGCCAGAGAAAAUGAGUUUGCUUCAAUAUAUUUGAGUGUUUACAGUGCCAUAGAGUCAGGGUCAGCUACAACUGUGUAUAUUGCUGGUACACCAGGUGUCGGUAAAACACUGACAGUAAGAGAAGUCAUUAGCGACCUACAAGCUGCCUCAUUACAGGGUGAACUGCCGAAAUUUCAAUACGUUGAAAUUAACGGGUUAAAGAUGGUGAAACCGACUGAUAGUUACGAAUUUUUUUGGAAUAAAAUAUCGGGAGAGGAAUUGACCUGGGCUGCUGCGAUGGAGUCAUUAGAAUUUUAUUUCAACAAAGUCCCAAAAAACAAGAAAAGGCCAAUCGUAGUCUUAUUAGAUGAGCUUGAUGCAUUGGUGACUAAAUCACAGGACGUUAUGUACAACUUUUUUAAUUGGUCCACUUACGAAAAUGCAAAAUUAGUUGUCAUCAGUGUUGCGAACACUAUGGAUCUACCUGAAAAGCAACUUGGUAACAAAGUUUCAUCCAGAAUAGGUUUUACAAGAAUCAUGUUCACUGGUUACUCUCAUGAGGAACUUAAGACGAUCAUAAAAUUCCGUCUUCGCGGUUUGAACAACUCGUCCUUUUAUGUGGAUCCCAAAACUGGUAAUGCUAAACUGGCCGAGGCUACAAGUAACGAAAAUGUUCCGGAGGGUAUGUUGAAGGUCAGACUAAAGAUGACAGACGAUGCUAUCGAAAUUGCCUCCAGGAAAGUUGCAAGUGUCAGUGGUGAUGCAAGAAGAGCACUAAAAGUUUGUAAAAGGGCCGCCGAAAUUGCUGAAAAACAUUAUAUGGCUAAGCAUGGCUAUAAUUACGAUGGUAAAGCAAUUAUUGAAGACGAAGAGGUCAGAGAAGAACUCGAAGCUGGGAAUAUUCCUCAAAUCGAGGAAGAUAAUGAUGGUGAAGUUCAAAUAGUUAAUAUUAAUCACAUUAUGAAAGCUUUGAAUGAGACUAUUAAUUCCCAUGCCAUCACUUACGUAAGUCGGCUUGCUUUUGCAGCGAAGCUUUUCAUUUAUGCAAUAUUAAAUUUGAUGAAGAAAACUAAUACACUGGACCAAACUCUGGGCAAUGUCAUUGAUGAGGUAAAAUUAUUAAUGGAUAAAAAUAGCGGUAACAAGAACUUGCAUGACAUUCAAAAAGCUCUAUAUUCUAGUGAUCAUGAUGGUAACAUGGAACUGAGAAUCCGUGCAUGGGACUUCAACAUAAACCAGCUCAUUGAAGCAGGUAUCUUAUCAAGACAAUCAAUGAGAAAUGAGAGAACUACAACUGUAAGAGUAAAUUUAGCGGUGGAAGAGCUUCGUGAAGCAAUCGAAAAGGACGAUGUGAUCAAAGCGUUGUAA